AUGGAAGAAUUAAUGCUGGAAGACCCAAAUGCAACUGUACUAUACGAGGAGGAAGUUACAACCGCAACGGAUAUUUCCACCGACAUCCCGUCGACGAGUCGAGCAUGGAGCAAUGAGAAGCCGCUGGGCUACGAGCUAACAGAUACGAAAUGUUUUAAAACACCGAGUGGAGUGCAAAAAACCGCGACGAUACCGAGAGAAACGUUGUCAAAAGAGCCGCUAAUAACCGAACAAGUCGUCGAAAUGGACGGAGAAUAUAGUAUGGAGGGCUUGGAUAUGCAUUAUGUGCCUAACACAUCCACGUCACAAGCUCCGCCCCCUACAGUAGCCCCUACAGUACCCGCACAACCUCAACCACUCCGUCGGCUGGGAAUUCGAAUUGGAGAACGAAUCCUUCGAUUCAAAGUAAUCAACGCGUCCGACGCGCCAGAAGCCCCUAUAGACCCCUCUGUGGAUGGAUGGAUUGCUGAUCCGAAGCCAGUGACGACGCCCAAAUCGCUAGCUGGACUGUAUCAUUGUACUCAGUGUAAAACGUAUUUUGGCAAUAAAGAAGUCUAUCAGAGGCAUGUGUUGGACUCGCACGGCGAUCCCCGACCAUUCCGAUGUUUCAACUGUGGAAUGCGAUUCGCCAGCAAGACGUCGAUGACACAUCAUCUAAAAGAUCAUUCGCUUCUAAAACCCAUGUAUUCGUGUGAUUAUUGUCCGAGAAUCUUCUCGAAACUUCAAUCCAAACUACAACAUCACAAAAUGCACUUCACGAGGAGCACUUGCCGACAGUGUAUGCGAUUUUUCACGACGGAGGAGGCGUUGACAAAUCAUGUGAACACCGCCCAUCCGCCGACAUUUGAUCAACAGCCACCGACAGAAGAGCUCCUACCGAACGGCAAAACGGCUCGUUUCAAUUGCACAUUCUGUAAUUUGCGAUUCCAUUUCAAAAAGGACAUGUUGGUGCACGAGAGAGUUCACACUGGCGAAAAACCGUACUCCUGCGGUUACUGUAACAAAUCGUUCGCACAGAGUCAAGCACUGACCGCCCAUAUACGAACGCAUACCAAAGAAAUGCCGUUUGGAUGUGGAAAGUGCUCGAAACGGUUCAGGGAUAACUCAUCUCUACGAAAACACGAGCUCGCCGUCCACACGGACCAUCCGAUCGUCCGUCCGAUAACCGGUCUCUACAGUGAGGAAAUUCAAAAACAGGUGGAAAUUCAACGAGAACAACGCAGGAAACAAGAGAUGAUGAUCUCCCAGAGAGCCCCUUUAUUUCGAAUGUGA